UCUCCUCUCCAAAGGGGGGCUGCAGUUCCUCUCCUGUCCACAGGGGAGCUGCAGUUCCUCUCCUGUCCACAGGGGGCGCUACACACCGGCAGCCUCCCCGCAGAAGAAGAAGCAGCAGCUGUUGUUGACAGAAUCAAUGGGAACUAACUGGGAAUAAAAGUUCCCUUUGAACCCGCGGAACUGUCUCCAGUGGAGGAGCAGUCCUGAUGGAGGACUCGGAGCCGGAGCCCCCCCCCCUCAGCGACCCCCCCCCUGGGUGUGAUGCUGAUCGAUGCUGAAGUCGCACAGAGGGCGUGUCGAGAAGUGCUGCAGCAGCUGAAGCUGAACCAGGGGGAGGAGCCUCAACGAAUGAAACUGGACCAGGGGGAGGGGCCUCAGCGGGGGGAGGAGCCUCAGCAGGUAGAGGAGCCUCAACAAAUGAAGCGGGACCAGGGGGAGGAGCCUCAAUCGAUUAAACUGACCCAGGGGGAGGAUCCUCAACUAAUGAAGCUGGACCAGGGGGAAGAGCCUCAAUCGAUUAAACUGACCCAGGGAGAGGAGCCUCAAUCAAUUAAACUGACCCAGGGGGAGGAGCCUCAAUCGAUGAUACUGACCCAGGGGGAGGAGCCUCAAUCGAUGAAACUGACCCAGGGGGAGGAGCCUCAAUCGAUGAUACUGACCCAGGGGGAAGAGCCUCAGCAGAUUAAUCUGAACCAGGGGGAGGGGCCUCGGUGGGGGGAGGAGCCUCAACAUAUGAAGCUAAACCAGGGGGAGGAGCCUCAGUGGGGGGAGGAGCCUCAACAUAUUAAGCUGAACCAGGGGGAGGAGCCUCAAUCAAUGAAACUGACCCAGGGGGAGGAGCCUCAGCAGAUUAAUGUGAACCAGGGGGAGGGGCCUCAGUGGGGGGAGGAGCCUCAACAUAUGAAGCUGAACCAGGGGGAGGAGCCUCAGUGGGGGGAGGAGCCUCAACAUAUGAAGCUGAACCAGAGGGAGGAGCCUCAGUGGGGGGAGGAGCCUCAAUCGAUGAAACUGACCCAGGGGGAGGAGCCUCAAUCGAUGAAACUGACCCAGGGGGAGGAGCCUCAAUCGAUGAAACUGACCCAGGGGGAGGAGCCUCAACUAAUGAAGCUGAACCAGGGGGAGGAGCCUCAACUAAUGAAGCUGAACCAGGGGGAGGAGCCUCAGCAACGCCCCGCCCCCCCCACGCUGCAGGUGGAUGACACAGAGGCCCCGCCCCCUGCCCCUGAGGCCCCGCCCCCUGCCUCUAUCCCUUCCCCUCCUGAGGCCCCGCCCCAUGUCUCUGCCCCGCCCCCUCCUGAGGCCCCGCCCCCCGGCUCGGUGAAGAGUCUCCGCCUCCGGCAGCGUUCCAACCCGUCCAAACAGUCGUGGCUGCUCCGCCUGUUCGAGUCCAAGCUGUUUGACGUCUCCAUGGCGAUCUCCUACCUGCACAGCUCCAAGGAGCCGGGGGUGCAGGCCUACAUCGGGAACCGGCUGUUCAGCUUCAGCCACGACCAGGUGGACUUCUACCUGCCGCAGCUGCUCACCAUGUACAUCCACAUGGACGAGGACGUGGGCGACGCCAUCAAGCCCUACGUGGUACACCGCUGCAGACAGAGCAUCUGGUUCAGUCUUCAGUGUGCCUGGCUGUUGGGAGCGUAUUCUUCAGAUAUGCACAUCUCCACUCAGAGACACUCCAGAGGCACCAAGCUGAGGAAGAUCAUCCUGUCUGACGAGCUGAAGCCAGCAGGGACCCGGGGGCGCAGAGACCCCCUGACGCUGACCCCCUUCUGCCCCCUGACCCCCCCCCCAGGCCCCCUGACCCCCCCUGAACACAGCCUCUCGCCCUCCAAACGGACGCACCAACGCUCCAAGUCCGACGCCACAGUGAGCAUCAGCCUGAGCAGCAACCUGAAGAGGACGAGCAGCAACCCCCGGGUGGAGAGCCAGGAUGAGGACAGCAGCUCCAGCUCCGAAAGUCUGGAGUUUGUCAAGCGGCCCCCGGUGCGCCUGGCCCCCCAGAGGGAGUUCAUUAAGUCCCUGAUGGGCAUCGGGAAGCGGCUGGCGACCCUCCCCACCAAGGAGCAGAAGACCCAGCGCCUGGUCUCAGAGCUCUCGCUGCUGAACCACAAGCUGCCCGCCAGAGUCUGGCUGCCCACCGCCGCCUUCGACCACCACGUGGUGAGGGUCCCACACACACAGGCCGUGGUGCUCAACUCCAAGGACAAGGCUCCCUACCUGAUCUACGUGGAGGUUCUGGAGUGUGAGAACUUCGAGACAUCCAGCGUUCCGGUGCGGAUCCCGGAGAACCGGAUCCGCAGCACGCGCUCCGUGGAGAACCUCCCGGACUGCGGCAUGACGGCGGAGCAGCGAGCCGGAAGCUUCUCCACCGUGCCCAACUAUGACAACGACGACGAGGCCUGGAGCGUGGACGAUAUCGGAGAGCUGCAGGUGGAG